AUGCGAAGCAGAUCCGUCAAAACGCAGCUGCAACAUUUGCAGCUGACCAGGCCAUGGACGUUUCUUGGCUUACCGUUACAACCCGAAUCAGCCUCUACCCACCCACUCCGCAGGCUCCCUGGCAACCUUUGGGCCUCUACUCUCGCAACCAGCUUUUGCGGAAACUUCAACAACGAGUACCAACUCCGAAGCAUCCGCACAGCCCAGCACGCCACUAGGAGCUUCUCCGGCAUCAUCGCCACCCGACGCGGCUGGGCCGCCCAGCACAUCGCCAGGCACGCCAAGCGCCAACGGCAACGGAGCACAUCAACCUCCAUAACGACAACCACAACGACGACAACUAACCGGAUUACAACGCUAGACGACGCCUCACUAACAGACGAAGCAGCCAGGCGGUUAUUGUUGGAAGAGGAGGAGCGGCGACGACGUCGGAAAAAGUCACAGGGGCGACUCAAGGAGCUUGAGGAGAUCCGCAUGGAGCUUGCGGAAAAGGAGCUGGCUCUACUGGAGAAGGAGAAGGCGCUGCUGGCUAAGGAGCAGACUCUGGCUGUCCUGACGGAAGAGUUGGAGGUGGAACGGAAGCUCAGGGCGCUGCUGACGAAGGAGAAGGAGCGGGCGGAGGAGGAGGGGGCGCUGGCGAUGGGGCUCUGUAUGGGCGGCUUCUCGUUGCCAUGA